GGCGCUGACAACUGUCAUAGGGACCCUUCCUGAUAUCGCAAACUCUUCCGUCCUUAAGCAUCUCGUCUUACCGCCAUCCAGUACGUUAUAAAUCGAGUUAUAAGUUUCUCACGCCGUCGUUCGAGGGUAACUCGUGCGUGACGUUUCAAGCGGCGUCCCGUUACUGUGGAGCGGUUUCGGAUGAGCGGUUCAUUUUUGACAGGCUGAAUGUUUUCAGAGCCCCACUGAGAAGAGAAGCAAAAAUACCCCAUCCUGCCUUGAAGACUUCUUUUGCGGUUGAAACUGGGACAAAUACGAGAAGUAGAUGUCCAGGAGAAGCUCAAGGUUAGUGUCCAAAGGGACGUCCUUACUUGAUGAUGAUGCUGCCAGCACAAGCUCCACUGGAUCCACCGGCCACGUCUCUUACAAAGAGAGUCCAGUCAGGAUCUUUAAGAAGAGGAGCAGUCGCAGGAGCGGAGGCAGCGUGUCCCGCAGCUCCAGCCGUGCCAGCAGCGUGGGUCAGAUGUUGAGCGGGCAGCGCCCUGACCUCAUAGCCAGUGAGAGCGAGAACGGAAAGACGUUUGCUGUUCAAGGGUUUUCCUCUGGAUAUUCCUCAGCUGAGGAGCAUUAUGACAAACCCUUCACCUCAAGCCCAAAUACAGGUUCUGCCCAGUCUGCGACUGAAUCAGGGUUUAGCAUGUUGGACGUGUUUCGAUCUCCAGCUCAAGCGUUGGUUAUGUUUUACUGGUGGCUGGGCAGCACGUGGUACAGCUUCUCCUCUCGUGUGUCCAUGAUCAAUGUGUUUCUGCUCAGCAGAUGCACUUCAGAUAUAAAAAAGGCAGCUUUUCUCUUUCUCCUCCUCAUCUUCUUCAUAUUUGGAAUAUGGUACUGGUCCCCGUUUGCAGCUACUUCUCGUCCCCGUGAGGUCGUUUCUAGGACUCCACCUGUUAAACGCACGGAUGAACCCAUAAGAGCAGAAGUUCAUGACAAUUUCCAACAAUUGGCCAGCGAGUCUAACUUAAAGGAUGAGAUCCGCAGUUUAUAUCUCAGAGAGGCCAACCUGAUGAGAGACAUUGAAGUGCUUAAGCUGGAGAGCGAACGCCAGAAGGUCAGAUCUGAGAUGCUGCAGACCGAUAUGAGGCUCAUGAAAGAUCAAAUCAAAAGUGUUGAGACCGAGCAUGCGCAGCAGGUUUCAGACUUGAAGUCAAAUGUUAUAAACCUGCAGUCUGACUCCGACCUCCUUAAGGAAAGAGUGGAUGCUCAAGAUGCUCUUAACAUCAAUCUGAAGGCAGAGCUCUCUGAGUGGCUGGUAAAUCAUUUUAAGGACCCAACAACAACUGUAGUUGUCAGGCCUGAGCUGCAGAGGGCGCUGGAGGAUCUGGAGACACAGAUAUUAGACAAAUUCAAGCGGGACAAGGAGAGCGCAAGGGACACGUGGAGGACUGUGGGGGAGACACUUGAACAAGAAGGAGCCGGAGCUGUCACAAUACAGGAUGUGAAAGGAAUCGUCAACAGGGCAAUUGAACUGUACAGGGCAGAUGGAAUCGGAAUGGCGGACUACGCUUUGGAAUCUUCUGGUGCCAGUGUUAUAAACACACGUUGCUCAGAGACAUACAAGAUGAGAUCUGCGUGUCUGAGUUUAUUCGGCGUACCCCUCUGGUAUCAAUCUGAAAGCCCUCGCACGGUUAUACAGCCAGAGUUAUAUCCCGGCAAGUGCUGGGCGUUCCGAGGCUCACAGGGCUUCCUGGUGAUCUCGCUGUCGUACCCGAUAAGAAUCACUCACGUGUCACUCGAACACCUGCCCAAAGUUCUCUCUCCAACGGGACUCAUCGACAGCGCGCUGAAGGAUUUCGCCGUUUACGGUAUGUCUGAAGAGAACGAAGAAGGAAAGCAGCUCGCCACGUUCAUGUACGACCGGGACGGAGAGCCCAUCCAGACUUUCAAGCUUCCAGAAUCAUCAGACAUCUACAGCGUGGUGGAGUUGAGAAUAUUGAGUAACUGGGGUCAUCUGGAGUACACUUGCGUGUAUCGCUUCAGAGUGCACGGGGAGCCUUCGCUCGGAUGAGAUCACACAUCAUUCUAGUUUACUCUAUGCAAAGUCAAGUAUGAAUAGAAAAGUGCACUGAAUUCGCAAACAAACAGACAGACAGCUUCAUAAUGUACCAUUACCAAAAAAUGCACACAGACAGUACUCAAAUGUGUACUAAUAUGGGUUUGUUUGCGUUCCUCACAUUUCUUAUUUUAAUAAGUGCUCGUCGAUUUUUAUUUUAACGUGUAUUUUUAGUUGGUAAUCAUUUUAAAGAACGACGUAAUAAUAUGUAAGUUUUUAUGAAGGAUAAUAUUAUAAAAUGAAUUGGUUUUGACUGAAUGGCUGUCUUAGCUUUCUUCUGUAUUUAGGUUUAUUAAAAAGCAGUGUUUCUGGUUGGAUUGGCUUGUUAAACUUGCUGUAUCUAUCAAAGUAUGUUUCGUAACGACCGAUGGUUGUGUAAUGUGUUAAACACGUUACACGUGACUGUAUACCUCGUGAUAUAACAUUACGAUAGUUUAGAUAGUUCACCUCAAAACUCUCAUUAUUUACUCACCCACAUGAGACAUUUCUUUAAAGCUUUUUCAAAUGUUAUUUUGGGUGAAAACAUUUAUUUUGGGUCAACUAUGACUUUAAAUGAUGAUGAUGAUGUUCCUUUAGCCCUGCAGUAAUUCUGUUUGCACUCUUUAAAGACGUUACAGAUGGGUACUGUCAGAUGAUGUGUUAUCUCCUCUGCAGGGCAGAAGGAGUUGAGUGUAACUCAGGAUUUGGGUUUAAAACCAAAGUGCUCUUUAUGGCAUAAUAUAUUGCUUGUCUUGUGUGUAUAUGUGCUUAAUAAUAAGACAAUUUCGAUUCUUGAAAGCAUACUGGAAAUAUUAAUUGAAGGUAUAAAUGUUUGUCCAUUUAUAUUGCCAUUCUUCCACACAUUUCAUGCAUCUUAAUAGAACAUGCAAGUUAAUUUGGCAAAGUUUACAUACGUUGUCUGCCGUUCUGAUAUAUUGUGUAAGAAUUUUUUUUU